UGUGGCUGGGCUAGGGGCAGGGGAGGGCAGGGCUCGGCUGGGUGCGGGAGGUGGAGGUGCGGCAGUGGCGGAGUCAGCCCGGCCGCCGCCAUGCCCGGCAUUGACAAGCUCCCUAUCGAGGAGACGCUGGAAGACAGCCCCCAGACCAGGUCUUUGCUGGGAGUAUUUGAAGAAGAUGCUGCUGCAAUUUCCAAUUAUGUCAAUCAGUUGUUUCAAGCCAUGCACAGGAUAUAUGAUGCACAGAAUGAAUUAAGUGCAGCAACUCAUCUGACUUCAAAGCUUCUGAAGGAAUAUGAGAAACAGCGUUUUCCACUAGGGGGAGAUGAUGAGGUGAUGACUUCCACUCUGCAGCAAUUUGCAAAAGUGAUAGAUGAGCUCAGCUCUUGCCAUGCAGUACUGUCAACUCAACUUGCAGAUGCAAUGAUGUUUCCUAUUACCCAGUUUAAAGAAAGGGAUCUUAAAGAGAUACUGACUCUAAAAGAAGUUUUCCAAAUUGCAAGCAAUGAUCAUGACGCUGCCAUUACCAGAUACGGUCGGUUGUCAAAAAGAAGGGAAAAUGAAAAGAUCAAGGCUGAAGUUAUGGAAGAUGUAUAUACUUCAAGGAAAAAACAGCAUCAAACUAUGAUGCAUUAUUUCUGUGCAUUAAAUACUCUUCAGUACAAAAAGAAAAUUGCUAUGCUAGAACCCCUGCUAGGAUACAUGCAGGCUCAGAUAAGCUUUUUUAAAAUGGGUUCAGAAAAUCUUACUGAGCAACUGGAAGAAUUUUUGACCAACAUUGGCACAAGUGUACAGAAUGUUCGCAGGGAAAUGGAUUGUGAAGUAGAAAACAUGCAACAAACUAUAGAGGAUUUGGAAGUAGCCAGUGAUCCACUGUAUCUGCCUGAUCCAGAUACUACGAAAUUUCCUGUUCAUAGAAACCUGACACGGAAAGCUGGCUAUCUCAAUGCAAGAAAUAAGACAGGGCUGGUAUCUUCCAGCUGGGAGAGACAGUUUUACUUCACUCAAGGUGGAAAUCUGAUGAGCCAGGCAAGAGGUGAUGUAGCUGGGGGACUUGUCAUGGAUAUAGACAAUUGCUCUGUAAUGGCUGUGGACUGUGAAGACAGACGGUACUGUUUUCAGAUAACAUCAUUUGAUGGCAAAAAGUCUUCAAUCUUACAGGCAGAGAGUAAAAAAGAUUAUGAAGAGUGGAUAUGCACCAUAAACAACAUAUCUAAACAGAUAUAUCUAAGUGAAAACCCUGAGGAAAUCGCUGCACGUGUGAAUCAGUCAGCUCUGGAGGCUGUUACUCCAUCCCCUUCUUUCCAGCAGAGGCAUGAAAGCAUGCGGCCAGCUGUACAAUCUCGUCCUCCUGCGGCUCGUACUAGCAGUACAGGGUCACUGGGAUCUGAAUCAGCAGGUUUAUCGGCACUUUCCUUGGAUUCACUUGUUGCACCUGACACUCCUAUACAAUUUGACAUAAUAUCUCCAGUUAGUGAAGAUUUUCCUGGUCAAACAAAAUCUUCAGGGCAAUCAGGCAGACGCACAAAUCCUUUUGGUGAAUUGGGAGGCUCAAAAUCUGAAACAGAAGAUUCAAUUCUUCAUCAGUUAUUUAUUGUGAGAUUUCUUGGCUCUAUGGAGGUGAAAUCUGAUGAAAGUCCAGAUGUUGUUUAUGAAACAAUGCGUCAAAUACUGGCAGCUCGUGCCAUCCAUAACGUUUUCCGGAUGACAGAAUCACAUUUGUUAGUCACAUGUGGCUGCUUAAAGUUAAUUGAUCCACAGACACAAGUUACAAGACUACGAUUUCCUUUGCCCAAUGUAGUCUUGUAUGCUACGCAUCAGGAGAAUAAGCGCCUUUUUGGAUUUGUGCUCAGAACCUCAGGAGGGAGAGUUGAGAGCCGCCAAACUUCCAUCUGCUACAUCUUUGAAUCAAAUAAUGAAGGGGAAAAGAUUUGUGACUCUGUUGGACUGGCAAAACAGAUUGCUUUUCAUGCAGAACUGGAUCGAAAAGCAUCAGAAAAGCAGAAAGAAAUGGAUAGAGUCAAAGAGAAACAACAAAAAGAACUGAAUAAACAGAAACAAAUUGAAAAGGAUUUAGAGGAGCAAAGCCGGUUAAUAGCUGCUUCCAGCAGAUCCAACCAGAACAGCGGAGAAGGACAAUUUGUAGUCCUUAGCAGUAGCCAGUCGGAAGACAGUGAUUUAGGAGAAGAUGGAAAGAAGAAGAGAGAAUCUGAAGCCUAAGGUUGCCUACUUUAUGAAAAUUGGAAUCAUGGAUCAAUUUGGUGAAAUGGAACGAGUUCUACAAGAAGUGAAAUGCAGGUGGAGGGUCUGCUGUGUCAUAUAAAAAACUUCACAAUACGUAGACCCUAUAAUGCCUUGAUCAUUCUUUUUCAAUUAAGUGAUUUCCAUUUUCAAGUCAGUAUAAUUUCUCUUCUAUAUGACAUGUAGCAUGGUGAUGCUACCAUGUUUGUUGCAAAAUUAUGUUUUCUCAAGGCUUCUCUGCAGUAAGGAAAAAACUGGGGGGUUUUGUCUCCAUUUACCUCUCUGUGCAAUUGACUGCUCUUGAAGCAAAACUCAAAACUCUCGUUGGACUUCAAUAGUACAUUGAAACUCGUUCUUUACAUGCAGUGUGGACACCACCUUGCUGAAAACAAAAUCGGAUGUCCAAAUAUGACAGUGCUAAGCUUUACCUAACUUGUUGCACAUAACUGUUCUUAAAUUUAGAAGGAAGAACCUUAAUGACAUCAGUGAGAUGUGCAAUAGUUCUAGAUAGAAGGAUCUUAUUUUUUGUUUCAUAUUGCACUGUAUGAUACUGUCUUGAUUUCUUCAGUGAAUAUAAUGCUGAAAGACUUCUUUCACCAAAAGGAAAAAAUACUGUCAGAGCUAGAUAGAGGAUGAGAUGCAGUUGCACUUUGCUGCGUGAGGAAUGUAUAAAGCAUUCCUUAUCAAAUGAUAAGAAUAAUGUAUAUACUCUUGUA